AUGAAGAUCUUUAGUUGGAUGCAAAGUAAGCUAAAUGGAAACCAGAGAUCCAGCAAGCCAAAUACAAAACCAGCUAAAUACCAUCUGAUGCAUGAUACCUGCAAAGAAGAAUUCAGUGAUUGGCCUAGUGGACUACUGGCUAUUGGGACAUUUGGAAAUAACAAUCCAAAUGAUCCAGAGAAGUCUAACUUGCCAGGAGAGGAAUGUCCAAGUCAAGAGUAUCCAGAAGAAUUUACGCACGAGGAAAUGAGAGAAAUUCAUACAGAACUGAAACUAUUACUCAACCAACAAGCCCUUGCUGAUUCUGAUUUGGCUGAGGAAUCUGCAAAUGAUAUUCCACAAGAAAAAUUCUUUGACGUUUCAAAGAGUUUUGAAGAUGACAGAUCAACCUGCGGCGAGCUUAUUUCUGAUAAUUUAACAAGUAAAGGACGUCAUUACCAGAGCAACAAAUCAAUCCAUACCAAAGGCAAAAAUAGUGAUAUGGAUAAGAAGAAUAACAUCAGGAAAAGGUCAUUGUCUUUUCUUAUUCGGAAAGCAUUUCACCGAACAGUUAAACCCCAGCUCAGUCCCCAGUUCAAAGAUGCGCUUCCAGACCUGAAAUUGGAGAAAUCAAUACUGGAAAAGAUUCUGAGGACUAUACUGCACAAAAAAGUUUAUCCCCAAAGUUCUACUCCAAAGGCACCAAUAAAGAAGUGCCUGGACAGCAAACACCAGUCUGAGACUGACGGUGAAGAUGAAAUGCUUGAUAGCACCAGUGAAGGGAGUAAAUGGGUCAAGACAGAUUCUGAUUUUAUUGUCCUAGAAAUAUGA